CUGACUCAUGUAUUCAACCUCGAAUGCGUUUAGCUGAUUCACUGUUCGAAACUGGAUGAGCUGGGUCAAAGGAGGUAGCCUACAUUUUACCCCUCGGACACAGAAACAAUGUGAUCUUGUGGGUGUGUGUAGUUGAGUUUCUGCGCGAUGCUGGCUCUGUCCAGACGCUCGGCGGCUCUGUGGUGGAGGCUUCCCCUGCGCGGUUCUGCCGUCUCUCUGGGGAGCUCUGCUCCGAGCAGCCGCCCCUCCACCACAGCCAGGCCCCCGAUUCUAACAUCCCAGACUGCUCUGUUUCACCAAAGUGAAGCCAAAGCCAGUCCUGAGCCAAACAAGACCACCUCAGUGCUGUCAGCGGCGUCUGGGCCGGAGGGCGAGCUGUUCGGGAUGGGUAUGUGGUCUCUGGGUCUGGGCGCUGUAGGAGCCGCCCUCGCCGGGAUCUUCUUGGCCAACACCGAUUUCUGUCUCCCUAAAGCUGCCAGCGCCUCGCUGGAAUACCUGGAAGAUGCCGACCUGCGCUCCACCACGGACGAGGAACAGGUCAUCAAGGCUAAGAAUCUGUGGGAGAGGAGCGGGGCCGUGGUCAUGGCCGUACGGCGGCCCGGAUGAUUUUUGUGCAGAGAGGAGGCCUCUGAGCUGUCCUCUCUGAAGCCCCAGCUUGAGGAGCUCGGGGUCCCUCUGGUCGCCGUGGUGAAGGAGAACAUCGGCACGGAGAUCCGGGACUUCCGACCGCACUUCGCCGGGGACAUUUUCAUCGACGAAAAGAAACAUUUCUACGGCCCGCUGCAGAGGAAGAUGGGGGGUCUGGGCUUCGUUCGUCUGGGCGUGUGGCAGAACUUCAUGCGGGCCUGGAGGUCCGGUUACCAGGGCAACAUGAACGGGGAGGGCUUCAUCCUGGGGGGGGUGUUCGUCAUCGGAGCUGGAGACCAGGGGAUUCUACUGGAGCACCGAGAGAAGGAGUUCGGCAACAAGGUGGAGACGGCUGAUGUUCUGGCGGCGGUUAAGAAAAUCGUACCAGUCAAAUAAAUUCAGUAGCAUUAGACAGAAAGCAGAUGCACUGUUAGAUCCAAACUAGAAUCACUUAUUUCCUUUUUUUGAAUUGCAACGAAAAGUCAAAAGCUUACACAAUACUGACACUUGAGUCUGUCUGUGAUUGAUUUUACAACAUACCUCCGUCUUUUGCACAUCAAUCUGCUUUUAGCUAUUACAGUGGAGCUGUGAAAUGUGGCCAGAGCUACUGAUGGGUUUUUUUUUUCCCCUUCCACUUUUUACCUCUGCAGAAACUCACAAGCUAAAUUAAUUGACACGGGUUUGGAUAAAGUAGGGACUUACAGGCAGCAUUUUCUGUCAGGGAGUUUUAAUGAUUACAUUCAAGGUAAUUUGAAAUGUUUUUGUCUGCUCUUUAGUGUCCGUAGCGUCUGUAUGAAUGCUCGUUCUACUCAGGCAUCUCGACAGGCUUCCCUCCAUGGCAGGCAGCUUCAGCUGGUCUGUGUGUGUGAGUGUGUGUGUAAUAAUGACAACCUGACUCUAAACUCAGUGCUGAGAGGAGCAGGUUUGAUGCCCAAACACACACACACACACGUGCACACACACUGAGCGGUGGCUGCUUGUGAUGCCUGAAACAGGUGCUGCUUGCAUGUGUUUGUGUGUAUGUGAGAGAUUAAAAUGUGCACACGAGCUGCAGAUAAUGAAAUAUAAAAAGUUGUUGACACUU